GAUGUAAACACAAACUAGUUAAAUAUUUUCUACAUUUGCCUUAUUUUGUCGAAAAACGAAACGUUUCAAGCAACAAUAAGUCGUUCCACGUGGUUAAUUUAAGAGGUAAAGUGAAAGAAUGCUACUGGAGAAGUUUACAUACAGCAGUAAGCAGGACCGAGUUUAGCAUCAUGGAGAGUACAGAUAUCAAGCCAACAGAACCGAGCUCAAAGCUAACAUGUGAGAAUGAAGUGAAGGAAAGCUGUGGGAAGAGGAAAUGUGAAGAGACAGAUAAACGGUUUGGAAAGAAGCGAAAAGGAAAUAAACAGCUGAAACCUGGAGAGAGAUAUGUUCCUCCUCCACAGAAACGCAACCCCGGAGUGAGCUUUAAUCAGGAGCACUUCUCUGAAACCUCUUAUUAUUUUGAAGGAGGGCUGAGGAAGGUGCACCCGUAUUAUUUUGAUUUUAAGACCUACUGUAAAGGACGCUGGAUUGGUAAAACACUGCUGGAUGUUUUCAGUAGUGAAUUUCGUGCCGAGCCUAUAGAGUACUACAGGAGGGCAGUUAAAGAGGGACGCAUUCGCCUGAACGAGAUUCCUGUGGAGGAUUUAAAUAUAACACUGAAGAACAAUGACUUUAUGAGGAACACUGUGCAUCGUCAUGAGCCUCCUGUGAGCUCACAGCAACUGCAGAUCUUGGUGGACGACGGUGAAGUGGUGGUGGUAGAUAAACCUGCUUCACUGCCAGUGCAUCCAUGUGGCCGUUACCGACACAACACGAUCAUCUUCAUUCUGGGAAAAGAAAAGGGUCUGUGUGGCCUUCACACGGUGCAUCGCCUCGACCGCCUCACCUCAGGAGUUCUUUUGUUUGCACGCACUCUGGAAGUGUCCAAAAAACUGGAUCAAAUGGUUCGAGAACGGCAGCUGGAGAAGGAGUAUGUUUGUCGUGUGGAUGGGGAGUUUCCAGACGGUGAGAUUGUGUGUGAGGAACCCAUCCUGGUAGUCUCUUUUAAGGUGGGUGUAUGCAGGGUGGACCCUAAAGGCAAAGAGUGCCGCACAGUUUUCCAGAAGCUCAGCUAUAAUGGGCGCUCCAGUGUGGUCCGCUGCCUCCCACUGACAGGGCGCACACACCAAAUUCGGGUUCAUCUCCAGUUCCUGGGCUUCCCUAUCCUCAACGACCCUAUUUAUGGCUCAUAUGCAUGGGGCCCCGACAGGGGCAAGGGAGGCCUGGUGGGUAAAAAUGAUCAGCAAUUGCUGGAUGCUCUUAUUGAUGAGCACCGUUCCAAGGAGAGCUUGCACCUGCUGGAUAUUUCUGAUGAAGUCUUAGCAGGAAGCCGGGAUGAGUCAAACGUGGGACCAAGUGAAGCUGUCCUGAGUAAAAAUGAAUCUGUAAGCGGUGCACAGAAAGAGAAUUCCUGUAGACUCUCAGUGUCAUUACAGACUGAAGAUCCCAACCCAACUACUGACACAUCUUCAAAUGACAAGGAUGCACAAACACACAAUGUACACACAGAGGAAGGGGAAUCUCCCCCAGUGAACAGAACUGCAAACCCCGAGACCAGGGUUGUGCGCGAUCCGUUAUGUGCAGAGUGUAAAAAGGUACGACCUGACCCUACAGAAAAGGACCUGGUCAUGUAUCUGCACGCACUCCGCUACAAGGGCCCGGAUUUCGAGUAUUCCACACAAAUACCUGACUGGGCUAAAGAAGACUGGGUGCAGGAUUAAAAUCCUUCUUACAUUAGGUUUAUUUUUUUUAGGAAUAUUAUAAAUGAAGAAGCAUGCUGAAUUCUUUUUAAAUAUGAUUAUUUAAGGACAUGAUUGUUUUUAAAGUACAAAUUCAGGUGGUAAUAUAAACUGUAAUUUAGGAUAAAUAUUUAAUUUUCCUUCUGGCAGCAUUUCAGAACCAGAAUAAUACAAGUUAUGGAACUGCAGAUUAAUAAAUUUCUUAGACAAAUGUAGAUUAAAACAGUUGCAAAACCUCUGUCCUGAGAUUUUAAACAGUCUGCAUGUUAGACCGCUGCACCACUCGAGCCCUGACUGCACAUCUUUUGAAAUUAUUUACAUUUCUGUAUUGAUUUGUGCAUCCAACUAGCAAACAUUAAAUCUAAACUAAUAACAA